GCACUUCCGGCGCCGCGGCCUCUGCCGGAUGUGUUGGUGGCGAGAGGCUGAGGCGGGGCCCGAGGCCGCGGACAGUCAUGUACAACAUCGAGCUGUCCGAGCUGGUGUGGGGGCGGCGGCCCGGCAACGAGCUCGGCGACACAAUCUUCCGCAGAUGGACCCAAGGAUUUGUUUUUAGUCAGUCAGAAGCUACAUCUUUAGAACAAUUUGAAGGUGGUCCCUGUGCCGUGAUUGCACCUGUUCAGGCUUUUCUGUUAAAGAAUGUUGUGUUCGGUAAUGAAAAACAAAAUUGGCGAGAAUGUACAGAGGAAGAACGUAAGAACUUCUUCUGCCUCACGUUGUGUGAAAUUCUAGAAACUGCAAGAUUAAAGCAUUCCAGCCCCUUUUGUUUGGUAACAUUACCGCGAGACAGGAAACAAGAGGGGCAUGCCAGCAUUUCUGACCAGCCAGAAUCCAGCCAAGGGUCAGAGGAGGAACAGCUCUCUGCCUUGGCUGCAGAGGAGCUUGGCUCUGAGAGAUUUCAUACGCUGAUUCAAAAACGCACAUAUGCAAAUGUGACUGAACUAAAGGAGGCAGUUUUUGAUCAAUAUUCAACUUGGAGGAACCGGUUUGGAGUUCUGCUUUUUCUUUACUCUGUCAUUUUGACAAAGGGCAUUGCAAACGUUAGAAAUGAAAUUGAAGAUACAGCUGAACCCUUAAUCGACCCUGUAUAUGGUCAUGGAAGCCAAAGCCUGAUCAAUUUGCUGCUGACUGGAUAUGCAGUCCUGAAUGUAUGGGACGGAGACAGGGAAUGCUCUGGAAUGAAACUCCACGGUAUAAGAAAUCAAGCUACUGUAGGUUUUCUCACGUUAAUGGAGUCUCUGCGAUAUUGUAAGGUUGGAGGAUUCCUGAAAUCUCCUAAAUUUCCAAUUUGGAUACUUGGCAGCGAAACCCAUCUAACAGUGUUUUUUGCAAAGGAAAUGUCCUUAGUUGCCCCAGAAUCUCCUUGGGAACAAGCUAGAAGAGUCUUUCAGACAUACGAUCCUGAAGAUAAUGGGUUUAUACCAGAUACAUUACUGGAGGAUGUGAUGAGAGCAUUGGACUUGGUGUCAGAUCCUGAAUAUGUAAACAUUAUGAAGAACAAAUUAGACCCUGAAGGACUAGGAAUCAUUUUACUGGGAAAAUUUCGACAAGAAUUUUUUCCUGAACAGGAAUCCACUAUCCAAGAUUCAUUCCCUGUAUACCACCACAAUGGCCUAAAGCAGUCAAACCACAAUGAAAAGGUUAUGUACGUUGAAGGAACUGCUGUCAUCAUGGGCUUUGAGGACCCAAUGGUGCGAACUGAUGACACUCCAGUCAAGCGCUGCCUGCAGACCAAAUGGCCGUACAUAGAACUCAUGUGGAACACAGACCGGUCGCCCUCCUUAAAUUAAAUCCAGGAAACCAAAACAGGCAAAAUUCCAAAUAUCAUAGGCUGUUCUGCUUUUUCAAAUCUGUGUACAAUUGCUGCUAACUGGAAUGUAGUUUCCUUGCAGUCCUUAAGAAACUUUACACCUUGAUAAUUCAACUAACUGCUAUUGGUAAAGGUUCCAGUCACUGUCUUUCACCGCUGGAUAAAUACCCAGAGAAAAAAAAGAGCACCCAUCUACCCUGCGUGCUAUGAUGCUUGCUUUUUAGGUAACUCUCCACAGCGCCCAUCGAUCAGACUUUUUUGAAGGGGAAAGUUAUUUUGUUAUACUUUCUAGGAGAUAUUAUAGCAAACUCCUGUUUAAUAAUGGUUUAAAAGGAUUAAUGCAAACAUUUGACAUGUUACUACUGAUGUUAUAGAAUAAUCAUCCAAUAUCUGAAUCAAGUGUUUUAAACCAAUAAUUUAGUCUUCAAUGCGUGGCCCACAGAAUAUUCUUGACGCACAAAAUUAUUUCAUGUAAAGAGCUCUUUUGCUCAGCAUAGUAAAAUAAUCCAAUACACCCGACUGAUGACCAAAUGGAUUGUCACUGUGUGUCCUGUAGACACAAUAGAUUCACAAGGUCACAAGAGAGAUUUGGAUGAAGAAGAUCCUUCAGCCCAUUUAAUUUUUUUCUUCCCAGAAUACCAACCAACACUAGAGUUGUCUGAUUAGAACAUCAAGCUGUGUUUUUUUAAAUGAGAACUGGUCUAAACUACCCUUCCUGAUAACCUAUUCCAGUUCUUAAUUAGCCUGUAAUAAUAAAUAUUUCCUGGUGUCUGUUCUAAAAUUACCUUUUGCAACCCUAAACCUGUGCCCUCUUAUUACACUGCCAGUGCAUUUGAAAGUAUUGUUCUGAGUUUACUUUCUCAAUCCCAAUUAAAAUUUUAUAUGUAUGAUUAGACUUUGACCACAAGCCAUUUUUUUUUUUUGCUUUUUGAAAAGCCAUGCAAGUUGGCAACAGAACUGGACUGACUGCUUUAAAAAGAAAACUUAACUCUAUUUCUAAUCAUGCAAAGUACACUCCAGUUGAUAAGCAAACACGAUAUCCUGUGUUCUGAUGUAAUGUCUCUCCAGCUCUACUGGGAGCCCAUACCAAAAAAUAUAUAUUUUAAUCAAUAGGGUUCUGUUUAGAACUGGACACCGGGGACACGUGGAGAGGGAUGCAAAAGUGGGAGGGAGUCCCUUGUAUUUGAAAGUAUUUCCCCUACAGUUGUCCAUUACCUUAGAAGUGUAAUUAUUUUAGCUUCAAUGUGAACUGGAAUGGUUCAGCAUCCUGUCUUAUUUAGAUGUAGUUCGCUCAUCUGUCUUCAUUCUCUCAACCAGUGACUAAAACCUUUAUCAUUUUUCACAGUGCAUCGCUUAAGAAAAUCUAUUCAUUAAUAUGUUUAAGAAAGCCAUUUGCUUCAUUUUUUUAAAACUUUGUGUUACAUUGAUACAGGCUUUUAACACUGAAACACUAGGUAUUAUGGCUCUCCCUAGGAUAUUUUGAAGUCUGCAGUUUACAUUUUUAAAAAUGUACCAAGGUGGAAGCCAUAUAAAGGUGAAGUAUAAAUUCAAAUUGUGGUAUUGCAUUCUGAGCAUUUGAGUGAUUAAUGCAGCUAAAUGUCUUCUGGAGUUAUCCAGCUGUACAGUUACAUAAUAUUGCCAAGAUUCCUUAUCCUUUGUGUCAAAAUGGCAAUGUUCGCCAAUGUUCAUGUGUAUUUAAAUUCCGCUUGUUCUUCGAUUGCAUGAGAAAUGAUCAAUUUCUUGCCUAAAACACCAGUGUUUCUUAUUUAUUAUGAUUUUGCAGUUGGCCUGAAUAAAAAAAUACAGUUGAAAAAUGUUCUUGAAUUAUUUUCCUAAUGCACUUGAGCUAAAUUUAUGAAACUGUUUUGUUAUUUAAAACUUGUUUAUAGGCUGAACACAAACUUCUUGUAAAGUUACCUUUUAUUGACUAAUAAUUUUUCUGAAAUAUUUUAUCUGUAAGGAAUAUCUUCAGCAAAAAAGUCCUUGUUUUGUUUUAUUGCGGAUUAUUAAAACAAUUCAGUUG